AUGCAUAUUUCCAACAAGAGUAGUAAUUCCUACCAACGUGAUAUAGAUAACAUUACCAAAAUCAAAGGAAACAACAAAUGUGCAGAUUGUGGAGCCAAAUCCCCAAGAUGGGCAAGCAUCAACUUGGGCAUCGUAAUAUGCAUAGAGUGUUCAGGAAUUCACCGAAAUUUAGGUGUUCACAUUUCCAAAGUGAAGUCCUUAACGCUGGAUAAAAUUAUGCCACAAUGGAUACAUUGUAUAAGGACCAUAGGGAACGAUUUGUCCAACUCCUACUACCUGUACAACUUACCCGCGGAUACGUACAGACCAAAGCAAGGAGAUUCCUCAGUAAUUAUGCAAAACUGGAUAAAAAAUAAGUAUGAAAAGAAGUUGUAUGCGCCCGCGAAUAGGAAGGAACCCUAUCAGUACUACGUGGAAGGGGUGGACCCCGCAAGUUGCCUCCCACUGAAGGAUCCCACGAAGGCGGAAGUCAAAGAACAAAUAAUGGAGAAUGUAAACAGCUUAGACAUUUUUGACUCCCUCAAAAUAUUUGAUAAUAAAAAAAUAGAAGAAACUAUGCGAAAUAAAAAGAGCAGUAACAAUAAUGAUAAGGAAACAGACCUAAUAACUGAACCGCCAAGGAAGGAACCCGUGAAGAAAAAAAUAUAUAUGAAUGAUAAUUUCUAUUCAUUUGAAAACAUACCCUAUAGGGAAAAUAAUUACACUAGCGUCAAUAACGAUACCAGGAACCCCUCCAAGGAUUCCUAUUUUUUCAACGACUUUGCUAAUAUGGGUAGUUCAAAUAACAAAUCAGCCAACAUGAACGUUCCGAAGGAGGUAAAACAUACAGGUAAGGGUAAUGACCCGUGUAAUAGGGACAAGAGUUUUUCUUAUUUGGAAGAAGUCAAAAAAAUGAACCCGCAUACUGAUGGCACAGGUGGACAUUAUAUGAGUAAUAGCCGAAGCAACAGCCAAAGCAAUAGCCAGAGUAACAGUCGGGACAUUAGCCAAAGUAACAGCCAAAAUAUCAGUCCAAGGAAUAGCCAGAACAAAGUCCUAAGCAGCAGUAUGAUAAAUAUCGGAGGGAAAGCCGAACCGUCCAAAUUCAACGAGAAAAAAAACUUCGGUAGCUUCAGCACGCUUUCGGAGAAAGAACUUAGAGACGCAAAAGUGCAAGCAGCAAAAAAAUGUAUUGCGAGACUUUUCGCCAACUCGAAAAAUAUUUCCUUUUCAGAAAAAAAUAAAAUUAAUACGGGCUUAAAUAAUUUGGAUAACCAAGUUGGGAUUGUAAAGAAUCCUGUAGGAAAUAUACACUGUAAUACAAUAAAUGCAGAUAAACACAAUUCUUUCGAAGUAUUUCGUCCAAAAAAUGCAAAAAGUGAUCAUCCAGAUAGGAACCAUUUGGACAUGUUCACCGAUAAAGAGAAGAUGAACAAUUUAAAAAAUGAAAAUAAAGGCGACAAAGAUUUUGAUUUUUUUCUUUAA